GAGGCGCGCCUGCGCAGUACGUGCAAGCGGCUUAGCGGUGGCUGGUUCAUUCGUCGGUCUUCGUGGGAAGGAUCCGGGAGCGCGGAUGGGGUCGCGCAUGCGCAGUUGGAGCGCCGAGGGGAGUCCGUUGGAAGCAGCGCCGGUGCACCAGCCCACAGUCGCGGCUGCCAUGAUGCCGACGGAAACCACGAAGCCCAGCAGCACCCCGAUGUUUGAUCCUCAGCUCCUCCGAGAUUUGGACUGGAGCCAGAACACUGUGACCUUCUCCCCGGCCAUUUCGCCCAUGGAUCCCGGCGACGGCCUGGUCCUGAGACCCCUUUGCUCUGCUGACAUCAACAGAGGAUUUUUAAAAGUCCUGAGUCAGCUGACUGAGAUUGGAGUUGUCAAUCCUGAGCAAUUCACGAAAACCUUUGAACACAUGAAGAGUUCUGGGGACUACUAUAUCAUCGUCGUAGAAGACACUAAUCUAGGAGAGAUUGUGGCGACUGCAACUCUGGUCAUAGAGCAUAAAUUCACUCACUCGUGUGCAAAGAGGGGAAGGAUAGAAGACGUUGUCGUAAAUGGAGACUGUCGCGGAAAACAACUUGGGAAAUUGCUGAUGUCAACUCUCAGGUUGCUGAGCAAGAGACUGAACUGCUACAAAAUCACCCUCGAGUGCCUCCCAAAAAACGUAGCCUUCUACGAAAAAAUAGGAUACUCCGUGUCUGAAGAAAAUUACAUGUGUCAAAGGUUCUUCAAUUAACGAACUUCCAGCUGUCAUUUCCUGCAAUGAACUUUUGGUGGAGGCGUUUCUGCGACUGUCUUCGUUCUCUAGGAAAACAAAUUUGCUGCAAAAGAAGUAAUCACCUUGACAAAUACUUUGGUACCGAAGACAAAUUACUUUGGGUUUCCUUGACAACAGCGAAACCUAUUCAAAGCUGUUUCCUACUGUGUGUACUACACACCGCUUUUUGAUAGCUGGGACUUGAGCAAAAUGCGACAACAAUGUCGGUUUGGGUUUUUACCUGGUGUUUUUUCUCGCCUUGUGUUUUGCGCCCAAGAGAUCUGCUGCUUUUUGUUGGCAGCCAGAUUGUGGUUGUAACUGAAGCUGGGCCCAUUUGUGUAAUUUUUUUUGGGUCACACAGGAAUAGAAAACACACAUCUGGGCCAGAGUUAACUAUUUCUGUGUUGGCAUUAAGGAACCUCAGUUUUUUUACAAGCCUCUGGUGACAACUCUCAAAAGUGUGGGUGGUUUUAUUGGUCCCACGGCAAUAACAGCGGGUGGAAACGGAUGCAGACAGAAUGAGCCUCCGCUUUCUCAUGCAGUUUAAUACCUCAAACCACGAGCAAAAACCUGGGCAUGGAGCAUUUCACAAUUUUUAAAAUGCAUCGAGAGGCAAAAUACUCUUGUGGCUCUGAAAAUGCAUAGCGCUCACUGUAGGUCUUGCUGCAAAGAAAGCGCAUGAGAACAUAUCUUUCCUGCUUAGGUUGUCAUCUCUUUUCUUUGCAAAAAAAGCCAUCUUCUUUAGGAACAUCCCAGUCCAUAGAUUGCAUAAAUCCAAAGUCGGUUUCGCAGGUUUUCUGUGUUUAAUCUUAUUUUCCUUUAUUAUUAUUAUUAUUAUAAACAAUUCAGCACUUCUUACCAUCAAGUGGUAACUAAGCCUACAGCUCCCCUCUUGCCAUUUCAACUGGAAGGGGGUGGUCAUAGUAUAGCUUCAGGGAAUAUGAAGGUUAUUAGAGAAGGGUUUUAUAGUUGAGUCAUUAGCUUUAUAAAAUAUUACCGAAAGGCUGCUUUAAGAAAGGAUCCCAUUUCCUGUGUUUCGGGGCACUCUUGACUUUUUGGGAGAUGUUUAAGUUUUAUUUAUUUUUUUAAAAGCAUUGUCAAAUGAAAAUAAAGAAAAAAUGUGUUACGGUAUAA